AAUCAUGUUUUUAACAUGUUUCACAGGAACACAAAGUAAAAGUUGUAUAAUGACGUCCACAUUCGAAGAGGGCAGUACAGUAAGUCAUGUGUUGUCAACAUCUGAUGACCUGGAUCUCUUGUUUGACAUGAGUACUGGGAUACUGAUGGAUGAUGUGAUGAUCUCUCCCAAUGAUCCAGAUUAUUUCCAACUGGAUUCCAAGACUGGAUUAACUGAUGAUGUUUUUAAUGACCUUCUGCAAAUACCAGAUGCAGAAAUCCAAGAACAGUCAUCAACAGAUUUGCUGUACAUUUCGAAAGCAUAUUCACCCAUUAGCAGUGACAGUGGUAUAUCGGAUGACCAGAAGUCACCUUAUAACAGCCAAUCAGAGGCCAGCCCUGUUGGCAUUGAGGAAAUCCCUUUAACAGAAGAGAUCCCUUUAACAGAAUCAUAUGUAGACACUUUUGAUUUGAGCAGUAUCUUGACAGGGUCUGAUGCAAUGCUGAUUGAUGGUGACCUUCUUACCGUGACAACAUCAGAUGGAAAAUUAACUGAUAUGACAAUUCAGUUCACCGAAACUAAAGAAGCAGUAAAAUGUAUCAAGUCAGCCACAGAUUCUCUGCCACUGUUCAUUAAAGAUGACACAAAUUUUUCGGAAAAAUCCUUUAGCAGUGAAAGCAAAACAUUUCCAGCAUUAACAUUAACAGAUGAAGAAAAGAAACUCUUAGACGAUGCCAAUAUCGUACUACCCUCUCACUAUCCAUUGACAAAGGAUGAAGAGAAGUCUUUGAAAGCAGUACGAAGGAAAAUCAGGAACAAGAUAUCAGCACAGGACAGUCGUAAGCGAAAGAAGGAGUAUGUAGAUGGACUGGAGCAGCGAGUACAGAAUUGUACGAGACACAAUAUUGAGCUGAGGAGGAAGAUGGAGCGAAUUGAGAAAGAAAACAAAUCUCUGUUGGAUCAGUUAAAAGAUUUAAAGGCUUUAGUUUCUAGGACAACAGCCAAGUCAGUCAGUGCUAGUACAUGUGUCAUGGUUUUAUUGUUAUCAUUUUCUUUAUUUGUGGCACCAAGCUUCAAUUUGUUCAAAUCAUCUCCUCUGCCUAGUGGUAGGCAAAAUGUUGGAAUUGUAUCAAGAACUCUGUUGGAAGUUGAAGAGACUGGAGGUGAUGAGGUUAGCUAUACUACAGUUUCUCCCGAAACAAUUGAAACUGACGACGAUGUAGAAAACAAAUUUUGGCGGAAAAAAGUAACAGUGAUAAAUGAAAAUGUUGAAGAUAACAAUGAAUUUCAAAUGGCCGGUCUGGAACAAGGUGUACAGGCAGCAAGUGGUGUUCCAAACCCAUCUGUUCUGUCACAUAAUACACAAAAUUCUACAGCAACACAAACAGCAAAGCAUCCACAGGUUGAAAAAUUGAAAAAUAGUGAACAUCAUCUCCGUAAUGAUGACCUAUAGGACAUUUAAUAUUCUUUUUGUAAAUAAGAUGUAGAUAUUUUUUCAAAAGAGUGAAUUCAUGGAGAUUUUUUUUCAUCUGCUUUGUACAUAAAAAUAUUGUAAAGUAUUUUAGAAGACAAAAACUACAUUUACAUGAAGUUUUAAAAUUGAUGUAUUUAAUAUUUUGCUUUUUGUGAAGGUAUAAACUUCACAAAAACUCUAUACCAUUUACGUGUGAAGUAACUUGCUGAUCUAAGAACUUGUUCAGCAAAGAGUAGACAUCCUAAUGAAGUUAAUACUAUGCCGCUAUUUUUUUUAUAGCCUUGUUCUGACGGUGUAAGUUACACCGGUGAUAUCGUAGAUAUCGAACAAACGCUUGUUAUGAGGCUGACACCGACCGUAUGAACGGGGUCACCUGAUAGAAAACAAGCACUUCACCCCGCAAGCUAACACCGACAAAUGACUGGAUUAGCAAGGCUCUCAUCCGAUAGAACUUUCUUUAAUUGACUUGCCACAUGUUGAUUGCAAUAACAUCUGUAGCUUGACCACGGUCUCUUUUUCGGGCAAUUCUACUAGGCCUAGUUGGUUCAUAAUAUCAACCAAAGCAUCUUUAAAAUUACCUUUUGAAUUGUUUUUAACUUCAUAAUUGUCAAAAUUAAUCCAAAUACAGUAAAACAUUACAGAACAAAUUUAUAUUAUUACCGUUCGUUGUAAAUGUGGUAGUACGUUCGCUGUGUCUAAAUAUAUGGGUUAUAAAUGCUGUCGAAAAUCUCCUAAAUGUUAAUAAGUAGGCUUAGGGUAGGUGAGAAAAAAAAACUAAGAGUUUUAUUUCACUUUUUCGGAAUGCUCUACCAAGUCAAGUUGAAAAAAUUGAAUGUUAAAUAUAUUUUGCCUUUUAUUUGUCGAUACCUACUGCCCACCCAAUUCAAAGCAGGCCUAAUCUAAUUUCUUUUUUGUCGUCUACAUUUUAUUGAAACAUCAACAUGGAAAUAAUUUUAUAUCAGUGUAUAAGCGCUAUAACUAUCCCCUAUAACUCUCGUGUAGACAUAAGAUAAAAUUUGAUGCAAUCUUUACUGGAUUUCUCAUUAACUUGCAUCAGAUAGGAGUGAUCGUCGGAACAUAGCUAAUGUCUUUCAAUCAGCGUUUGUAAAAGUCCAGUAUUGUUUAUGAAUUAUUGUAGUUGAUAACAUCCUGUUCCAUAGAUUUAAAUUGAUAUUAUGGGAGAUGUCCAUCUUGGAAUACACCACAAAAACAAGAAUGCUACCAUUCUAGGAUUGUGUGUUAGCCAUCAUUUCACAUUUUAUUUUUAUAUGGUGUGCCCAAAAGCUUUGUAAAAAGAACAAAUUUUGUUAAAAAUAGAAAUAAAAGUAAAUUGUAUAGAUGAAUUUUAGGAAUUUAUUGGACAACUAAAUUAUUUACAUAAUAUUUGUUGGGAUUCUUUUUUGGGAUGCCCUUUUGAAUUUUAUUUCGAAAGAUACAUGUAAUUAGUGAUAAUUAAUAAUAGACAGUUUGAAAAAAACUAAGAUGGUGAUCUAAGGAGGUAGUACAAUGAUGUAUCAAAGAAGUAUUGGAUUUGUAAAGCAGACACUGUUAAAUGUUGUAUUGUUUAUACAGAAAAAAAUAGAAUAAAUUAUGAACUUGGUAAAGUA